GUGAUUACUUUUGUUAGACUCUACGAAAGCUCUGUUAAGGAAUUACCACGCAAGUAUAUUUGAACAUAAAGAAGUAAUUCGCAUUUCAAUGAGCUUGCAAGGUGCGAUAUUCAUGUUGAAAGAUGACAUUGCGACACAAGGUAACUCAUAUUUACGCUAUACUCAUGUUUGGGCUGAAGACAGAGUGGCUCAAGUCCAGAGUUUUGUUGAUUCUGAGCCUAUUACACAAGUGAUACGUGAAAAACUUCUAGGAUACGAUGAGUUAUGUACAGAGAUCACGAAUUUACCUGACCAUCAUAUUAUUGGACCUAUUCAAAUUAACAUGGACAAAUUAAAGCUAGCUUUGUUAGUUGAGGCUAAAGCGUGGAAGACUACUUUGGGAAAAAUAUUAUCCACUACUUACAAGGCAAAAUUACGGAGAAUCACAGAAUACAUGAAUGAUAAAAAAAAAGUUCUGUCUCGCACCAUAAAAGACUUAGAGGAUGUGCGUGUCGCGAUGAAGUGUCUUGGAGAGAUACGAGAUGAUUUUAUAUCAUUGGAUAUGGAACUAAUCCUUAUCGAUGAAACUUACACUCUACUUGCAAAGUUUGAUAUCGAUGUCACAAAGGAGGAAACAGAAACAGUUGAUGGUCUUCGAUAUAACUUCACCAACAUGUUAUUUACGGCUAAACAAGUUCAAGCAACAAUCUGUGAAAUGCAAGAGCCCUUGAGGCAAGAACUGGUUGAAGGUGUUGCUGUACUCAACAACGAUGUAAUUGAAUUUGAUCUGGAGUUCGAACAGAAUGGCCCAAUGGUUGAAGGACUUCCUGCAAAGGAAGCUAGUGAGCGUGUCAUACUGUUCCAAGCGCGUUUUGAUGAACUGUGGGAAAGGUAUGAGACCUAUAGCAGUGGAGAGACAUUAUUUGGGAUGGCGGUGACGGAAUAUCCGAUUUUACAACAACGAAAAAAGGAAUUCAAUCUAUUACAGAAGCUAUAUGGAUUAUACUUACAAGUUAUGCGAGCUAUCGAUGGCUAUUUUGAGAUUCCAUGGGGUGAAAUUGAUACUGACGACAUUAUUGCAGAACUAGCAGAAUUCCAGAACAAAUGCCGAAAGUUGCCCAGGGGUAUGAAAGACUGGCCUGCCUUUAUUGAACUGAAAAAAAAAAUUGAUGAUUUCAAUGAAACAUGCCCAUUGCUGGAAUUAAUGGCAAAUAAAGCAAUGAAAGACCGGCAUUGGGAGAGGAUGUCAAAAACUUGUAACUACUUCUUUGAUGUUGAAUCUGAAUCAUUCACAUUAGCAGAUGUGAUGGAAGCACCACUUUUAAAACACAAGGACGAAGUAGAGGAUAUAUGCAUCAGUGCCACUAAAGAAAAAGAUAUCGAAAGUAAAUUAAAGCAAGUCAUUGCAGAUUGGUCCAUAGUAAAUUUGCAGUUUACUAACUUUAAGCAAAGAGGAGAGUUGCAAUUGAAAGGCACAGAAACUGGGGAAAUAAUCGCUCAACUUGAAGACAGUCUGAUGAUCAUAAGCUCUUUAAUGGCCAAUCGUUACAAUGCUCCGUUUAAAAAAGAAAUUCAGUUAUGGCAGUUUAAAUUGAGUAAUACCUCAGAGAUAUUGUCCAAGUGGAUAAAUGUGCAAAAUUUAUGGGCAUACUUGGAAGCUGUAUUCAUUGGUGGAGACAUAUCGAAACAGUUACCAGGAGAGGCAAAGAGAUUCAGUAGCAUUGACAAAUCUUGGGUGAAAUUGAUGUAUCGUGCUCACGAGAAACUUAAUGCGGUGGAAACUUGCACCGGAGAUGAAACAAUGGGGCAAUUUUUACCUCAUUUGUUAGAACAAUUAGAAUCUUGCCAGAAAUCUCUGAGUGGUUACCUGGAGACAAAACGUGUGAUAUUUCCGCGAUUUUGUUUUAUAUCCGAUCCAAGUUUACUAGAAAUUCUGGGUCAAGCCGCAGACUGUCAUACAAUACAAAAAUAUCUAGAUGGAUUUUUCGAUAACAUAGGAAAGUUGGAAUUUCACGAAAAAGAGUAUGAGAAGAUUGUGGCAAUUUUCUCUAGAGAAAAAGAAAAAGUUGUCCUUGAAAAAGAAGUGAUAUGCACAGGGGGGGUAGAGAAUUGGUUGAACUCACUUCUGAGAAUGCAUCAACAGUCUGUUGGAAGUGUUAUAUCACAAGGAUUACAGCUCCUUAAUAGUCCUGAUACUGAGAUGUUACAGCUAAUUGACAACUCAGUAUUACAGGUCGGUCUACUCGCUGUUCAAGUCUCGUGGACCCGAGAUGCCGAAAUAGCUAUGAUAUCAGCUAAAAGAGAUAAAUAUAUAAUGAAGAAAACUAACCAAUGGUUUUUGGAUCUACUAAAUGGCCUCAUUGAGGUGACUGUAAAAGAUCUGACGAAAUAUGCACGAGCGAAAUAUGAAGCUCUGAUAACCAUACACGUACAUCAAAGAGACAUCUUCGAUGAAUUAUGUCGGCUCAGAAUCAGAAGCAUUCAAGACUUCGAAUGGCUGAAGCAAGCGAGGUUCUACUAUGACGAAGAAUCAGAAGAGGUGCCAAUCAGAAUAACAGAUGUUGAUUUCACGUAUCAGAAUGAAUUUCUAGGAUGCACAGACCGUCUUGCUAUUACCCCAUUAACUGAUAGAUGUUACAUAACUCUUGCUCAAGCCGUUGGGAUGAAUUUUGGAGGUGCUCCAGCUGGUCCUGCGGGCACUGGAAAAACUGAGACAACAAAAGAUAUGGGAAAAGCUCUGGGAAAAUAUGUUGUUGUAUUUAACUGCUCUGAUCAAAUGGAUUUCCGAGGUCUUGGCCGUAUCUUCAAGGGUCUUGCCCAAGCUGGAGCAUGGGGAUGUUUUGAUGAAUUUAACAGAAUAGAUCUACCUGUCUUAUCUGUGGCUGCGCAACAAAUAGCUAUCGUUUUAACAGGUAGAAAAGAAAAGAGGUCCUCAUUUCUUUUUAGUGAUGGGGAAACGUAUAGCAUUGAUUACGAGUUUGGACUAUUUAUAACAAUGAAUCCCGGAUAUGCCGGACGUCAAGAGUUGCCAGAAAACUUGAAAAUUCAAUUCAGAAGCGUUGCCAUGAUGGUUCCAGACAGACAAAUAAUCAUGCGCGUUAAACUUGCCGCAUGUGGGUUUAAAGAAAAUCUGGUAUUGUCUCGCAAGUUUUUCACAUUGUAUAAACUAUGCGAGGAACAAUUGAGUAAGCAAGUCCAUUAUGAUUUUGGGCUGCGAAAUAUUUUAUCUUGCCUCCGUACACUCGGUGCUCAAAAACGUGCUCAUCCUGGGGAUUCCGAAGAGACAACUCUGAUGAGAGUGUUGAGAGAUAUGAAUCUUUCAAAACUGGUUGAUGAGGAUGAACCAUUGUUUAUGUCACUGAUCGAAGACAUGUUUCCAGGGAUUAAACUAAGUACACAAACAUAUAGGGAUCUCCAAAAAGGGAUUGCAAACGCAGCAGCAGCACUUGGUAUAAUGAAUCACGCUGAUUGGAACUUGAAAGCCGUUCAGCUCUAUGAGACAUCACUUGUGCGACAUGGGCUGAUGGUCCUGGGUCCAACUGGUUCUGGAAAGACACGAUGCAUGUGGGCCCUAAUGAGAGCAAUGACUGACAUUGGUUCGCCACAUAAAGAAGUCAGGAUGAAUCCAAAGGCCAUAACUGCAUCUCAGAUGUUUGGGAGAUUAGAUGUUGCAACAAAUGACUGGACUGAUGGGAUAUUUUCAACAUUGUGGCGUCGGUCAACACAGCUGAAAAAAACCGACAACUUAUGGAUUGUCUUGGACGGUCCAGUUGAUGCAGUCUGGAUUGAAAACUUGAAUUCUGUUUUAGACGAUAAUAAGACUCUGACUUUAGCUAACGGGGAUCGUAUUAUAAUGGCUCCGAAUAGUAAACUUGUGUUUGAGCCAGAUAACGUUGACAACGCAUCACCUGCAACUAUUUCUCGCAUGGGGAUGGUAUUCGUCAGUGCAUCAGUUUUGCAAUGGACUCCAUUCUUAGAGGGUUGGUUUAAACAACGCCAAUCUCAUGAAGUAGAAGUUCUUCGUCCGCUGUUUCAAAAAUUGUAUGGUGAUGCUCACACAUUUGUUCAAACUAGACUGCAUGCAAAAAUGGCACUUUUAGAAGCCAUUUAUAUAAGACAAUGUACCGAUUUACUGCAAGGACUACUCACGCCAGAGGUGGAUCCUACAAGAACUUUAUCCGAGCAGCAUAUUGAAAAAUUAUUCCUCUUUGCUGUGAUGUGGAGUCUUGGUGCAGUGCUCGAGCUUGAUGACCGAGCAGCAUUGGAGGAGUUUUUAGUACUCCAUGAGUCCAAAUGCGACUGGCCAAGAUGCAUGGAUGAUGAAACAAUAUUUGAAUAUCUUGUAUCUGAGAAGGGGAAAUGGAUUCAUUGGAAUGAGAGAGUUCCAAAGUUUGAAUAUCCUACUGAUACCGUUUUGGAUUACUACUCCAUUCUGGUUCCUAAUAUCGAUAAUACAAGAACCUCCUACCUCAUAGACCUAAUAGCAAGGCAGGAAAAGGCAGUUCUUCUGAUUGGUGAACAAGGGACUGCGAAAACUGUUAUGAUUAAAAGUUUCAUGGCAAAGCAUGAUCCGGAGUAUCAUUUGAAUAAAUUUUUCAACUUUUCCUCUGCAUCUACUCCUAAUAUGGUGCAGCGGGUUUUUGAGAGUUAUGUUGAAAAACGAGUUGGCUCUACGUAUGGUCCUCCGGGUGGAAGAAAAAUGAGUAUCUUCAUCGAUGACAUAAACAUGCCAGUGAUAAAUGAGUGGGGUGAUCAGAUUACGAAUGAAAUAGUUCGCCAACUAAUGGAGUGUGGAGGUUUCUAUUCUUUGGAUAAACCUGGAGAAUUUUCUAUCAUUCAAGAUAUCAUGCUUUUGGCUGCCAUGAUUCACCCUGGUGGUGGACGUAAUGAUAUUCCCCCUCGCUUGAAGAGACAAUUUUGCAUAUUUAAUUGUACUCUGCCAUCAAAUAAGUCAAUGGAUACUAUUUUCAGUUCUAUCGGACAAGGGUAUUUCUGUGAAGAAAGAUUUUCAUCGGUCAUCGUUAAUUUCCUCCCAAAACUGAUACCGCUAACACGCGUCUUGUGGCAGCAAACAAAAAUCAAAAUGCUACCGACACCAGCAAAGUUCCACUAUGUUUUCAACCUGCGAGACCUUUCACGAAUAUGGGAAGGAAUAUUACGGAUAGAAGGCAACGAGUGUGAGAAUAUCAAAAUGCUGCUAAAAUUAUGGGAUCACGAGUGUACGCGCGUUAUAUCAGACAGAUUCACGAAUUUCGCUGACAAAGAAUGGUUCAAAAGCACUAUGCGUAAGACAGCUGAAAAACUACUAGGGGCCGACUUCAAAUUUUAUUCUGGUGCAGAAACAUACUUCGUAAACUUUCUGCGAGAGCCCCCUGAGCCAACUGGGGAUGAACCAGAAGAUUACGUAAUUGAAACACCCAAAAUAUAUGAAGAAAUACCAAGCUAUGAAUUUGUAAUCAGUAAAGUGCAUCAGAAUAUGGAACAAUUUAACGAAUAUGUACGAGGUAUGACUCUGGAUAUGGUGUUCUUCCAUGACGCUCUCGUACAUUUAAUAAGGAUAUCUAGGAUUCUCGGCGUUCCCAGAGGCAAUGCAAUGCUCGUUGGUGUCGGUGGCUCAGGGAAACAAUGCUUGACACGUCUUUCAUCUUUUAUCGCUGGAUUCAACUUCUUCCAAAUAACUUUAACUAGGAGUUAUAAUGUAGGCAGUUUGAUGGAUGACUUACGGAGAUUGUAUCGGGAUGCUGGUACAGGUCCAAAGGGAUUAACAUUUAUCUUUACCGACAACGAAAUCAAAGACGAAGCAUUCCUUGAAUAUCUUAAUAAUGUACUCAGCGUUGGUGAAAUAGCAAAUUUAUUCCCUAAAGAUGAGUUGGAUGAAAUUUUAACUAAUAUAGUUCCGCUGAUGAAGAAAGAUGAUCCAAAGAGACCUCCGACACAAGAUAAUUUGUACGAUUAUUUCAUAUCGCGAGCUAGGAAUAACUUGCAUGUGGUCCUAUGCUUUUCGCCAGUGGGCGAAAAAUUCAGGUCUAGAUCCCUGAAAUUUCCUGGGCUAAUAUCUGGCUGCACAAUGAAUUGGUUCACCAAAUGGCCAAAAGACGCUUUGUGUGCUGUGAGUGAACAUUUUCUAGGAAACUUCAAAAUAAUUUGCACCCCUGAAAUCAAACAGCAAAUAAUUCAAGUUAUGGGUGACGUACAAGAUGACGUUGCAGAUACUUGUGUAGAGUAUUAUAACAGGUUCCGCCGGCAGUCAUAUGUCACACCAAAAUCAUUUCUAUCGUUCAUCAAUGGGUAUAAAAUAAUUUACAAACAACGUUUGAACAACAUUAAUUCACUUGCUUUUGGUAUGAGCAAUGGACUUAGUAAAUUAGUUGAUGCUACCGCACAAGUUGAUGAGUUACGGGUAGUGCUAGAACAAAAUCAAGCAGAAAUUGCAGUAUCUAAUGCCCAAGUAGAAGAAAUUUUAGUACAUGUAGAUGAAAAAAAGCGUGAAGCUGAAACUGUGAAGGCGCAAGUUCAAGUUUCGAAAGAUGAAGCUGAAGCUCUUCUUAAAAUAAUUUCCAAAGAAAGGGCUGCUGCAGAAAUUAAAUUAAGAGCUGCUGAACCAGCCUUAGCAGAAGCUGAAGCAGCACUGCAGACCAUCAAAGGAAGUGAUAUUUCUACCGUACGAAAAUUAGGAAAACCUCCUUAUCUAAUUACUCUCAUUAUGGAUUGUGUUUUAAUUUUAUUCGGGAAACAUUUGGACCCUGUGAAACCAGAUCCGGAAAAACAAUUUUUGUGUGCUUCGUGGGGGGAGGCUUUAAAAGUCAUGGCUGAUACUCGCUUCCUCUACAAUCUUCAAAAUUUCCCCAAGGAUAACAUCAAUGGUGAAACUGUUGAUUUAAUGCGACCUUAUAUAAACUUCCACAUGUACACUUAUGAAGCUGCUAAACAAGCUUGUGGAAAUGUUGCCGGACUGAUUCAGUGGACCAUUUCAAUGGUCACAUUUUAUUCGGUGAACAAAGAUGUGCUGCCCUUAAAAGCAAAUUUAGCAAUACAACAAGGAAAGCACGAUAGAGCAAACCGUAAUUUGGCAGAGGCAGAGAAAGUUUUGAGAGCCAAAGAUGAAGAUUUGAAAGUAGUACAAAGAGAAUAUGAUUUUGCCAUGAGUGAGAGACAAAAAGUAGUGGAUCAAGCUAUGGUAUGUCAAGCAAAAAUGGAUACUGCAACAGCCAUGAUCGAUGGUUUAUCUGGAGAGAGAAUCCGUUGGACGGAUCAAUUAGCAACAUUCAAAUCCGAAAGAGAAAGACUUGUUGGUGACGUUCUAAUUUUGACAGGAUUUUUGUCAUAUUGCGGGCCAUUCAAUCAGGAGUUUAGGAUCCUUCUACAGAAGAAAUGGUCCGAGUUUCUACACAGUAGAAAAAUCCCCGUUUCAGUGACUAUAAAUAUUGUGGAGUUGUUGACUGACUCAGCAACGACUGGAGAAUGGAAUCUGCAAGGUCUACCUAAUGAUGAAUUGUCGAUUCAAAAUGGUAUAAUUGUCACAAAAUCUACUAGAUACCCACUUCUAAUUGAUCCACAACUUCAAGGCAAGACAUGGAUAAAAAAUAAAGAAAAGGACUUCGAUUUGCAAUCAACGUUGCUAACGCUGAAAUACUUCAGAAGCCACCUGGAAGACUGUGUCUCCCUUGGACGUCCAUUACUCAUCGAAGAUGUGUCUGAGGAGUUGGAUCCCGUAUUGGACAACUUGUUGGAGAAAAAUUUCAUAAAAAUUGGCUCUUCGUUGAAGGUGAAACUUGGUGAUAAAGAAGUCGAUAUUCACGAUGAUUUCAGACUUUAUAUAACGACAAAACUUCCAAAUCCAUCAUACACGCCAGAAAUAUCCGCUCGUACUUCUAUAAUUGAUUUUACAGUUACUCUGAAAGGAUUAGAAGAUCAACUGUUAGGGAGAGUAAUCUUAACUGAGAAAAGGGAACUAGAGAAUGAGCGAACACAAUUGAUUACCGAUGUAACUAGCAAUAAAAGAAAAAUAAAAGAGCUUGAAGAAAACUUACUCCAAAAGUUGACAACCGUACAGGGUUCAUUGAUCGAAGAUGUGGAACUGAUGUCAGUUUUAAACUCCACAAAACAAACAGCAGCUGAAGUGAAUGAAAAACUUAACAUUGCCAGAGAUACAGAGGUCAAAAUUAAUUCCGCUCGAGAAGAAUUUAGGCCGGUAGCUACACGCGGUAGUGUUCUCUACUUCUUAGUUUGUGAUAUGGCGCAAGUAAAUUGCAUGUAUCAAACUGCGCUUACUCAGUUCCUAGAACGUUUUGAUAUUUCCAUGGCUAGAUCUGAGAAGAGCCCAAUUAAUCAGAGAAGAAUCAACUUCAUAAUAGAAUACCUUACUCUGGAAAUUUGUAAAUAUAAGGCCCGAGGACUUUAUGAGAAUCAUAAGUACAUGUUUAUUUUGUUGAUGACGCUGAAAAUUGAUUUACAAAGAGGGGCUAUUAGUCACGAAGAAUUUCAAUUCUUCAUAAAGGGUGGUGCAGCGCUCAAUUUAAACGCAGUUACACCAAAGCCUUGCAAGUGGAUCACGGAUAUGACGUGGUUAAAUUUAGUAGCACUUUCAGGAUUGAGACAAUUUCAGUACAUCGUCUCGCAAGUACCGACGUCGGAGAAGGUGUGGAAAUAUUGGUUCGAUAAAGAGGCGCCCGAGGAAGAAGUCAUUCCGGAUGGCUAUAACACAUUGGAUACUUUCCGGCGAUUGCUUAUGAUAAGAGCAUGGUGUAUGGAUCGAACAUUAUCGCAGUCGCGCAAAUACAUUGCUCAUUCUUUGGGGCCCAAGUACGCUGAACCGGUAAUCACACUUUGGGACGUCAUGCACGCCGAGUCACGACCGAAUACCCCGAUGAUUUGCUUUCUAAGUAUGGGUUCAGAUCCCACACCAAGUAUUGAACAACUUGCAAAGAAAAUGGAUAUUGUGUGCAGGAGCAUUUCUAUGGGACAAGGUCAAGAAGUUCACGCUCGAAAGUUGAUGAACAGUGCGAAAAUGGAAGGCUUUUGGGCACUGUGUCAGAAUUGCCAUUUGGGUUUGGAAUACAUGACUGAACUAGUGACCUUUAUUUCGGAAAUGGAUUCGCCGCAUCCAGACUUCCGGAUAUGGAUUACCACUGAGCCACAUCCGGAGUUUCCAAUUUCUCUUUUACAAAUGUCCAUUAAAUUCACAAAUGAUCCGCCUCAAGGUAUCCGAGCAGGGCUCCUUGCUACUUACAGUGGGAUGAAUCAGGACAUGUUGGAUCAAUGUGAUGUUGCACUAUAUAUACCAUUGAUCUAUGCCGUCUCCUUCCUCCACACCGUUGUUCAAGAACGAAGGAAAUUUGGUCCACUCGGCUGGAAUAUACCUUAUGAAUUUAACUCGGCUGAUUGGCUAGCAUCCUGUAUGUUUAUGAAUAAUCAUUUCAACGAUUAUGAUCCCAAACGUGGAAUAAGCUGGUCGACUGUCAGAUACAUGAUUGGAGAAGUGCAAUAUGGAGGUCGUGUCACAGAUGAUUAUGACAAAAGACUUUUAAACACAUUUGCUAAAGUAUGGUUUUUUGAGGGAAUGUUUAGCGAAAGUUUUUGUUUCUACAAAGGCUAUCCAAUUGUUUGGUACAAACUGGUUUCCGAAUACUUGAAAGCUAUUGAUGUCAUGGCGCCAAUUGACCCCCCACAAGCAUAUGGUUUACAUCCAAAUGCUGAUAUCACUCAUCAGAGUAGUGCUGCGCAAGAUGUCCUGGAUACUAUCAUUUCAGUACAGCCAAAAGAAUCUGGUGGUGGGAGUGGUGAAUCGAGAGAAUCAGUGGUCAUGAGACAGGCAAAAGAAAUGUUAGAUAAGUUGCCAACUGAUUAUGAUCCGUUCCAGGUGAAAGAAAGAUUGAAAAUAAUGGGUCAUACAGCCUCGAUGAAUAUUUUCCUCAAACAGGAGAUAGAUCGAAUGCAAAAAGUUAUUAAACUAGUUAGAGUAAUGUUGAAAGAUCUCAUCCUAGCCUUAGAGGGAAUUAUAAUCAUGAAUGAGACGCUGAGAGAUGCUCUGGAUAAUAUAUAUGAUGCUCGAGUGCCAAAAGUAUGGAAGGACAAAUCAUGGGAAUCUUCCACUAUAGGAUUUUGGUUCACAGAACUACUAGAAAGAAACCAGCAAUUUUCAACGUGGAUUUUUAAUGGCAGACCAUGCCAGUUUUGGAUGACGGGAUUUUUUAAUCCACAAGGGUUUUUGACUGCUAUGAAACAAGAAGUAACUCGGUCACAUUCUGGUUGGGCUUUAGAUAAUGUAACUUUACACAAUGAAGUUACUAAACAUACCAGAGAAGAAACCCGAAUUCCUCCUCAGGAAGGAGUUUAUGUGUAUGGACUUUACUUGGAAGGGGCGGGAUGGGAUAAAAGAAACAAUAAAUUGUGUGAAGCUACGAAUAAAGUAUUAUGUGUACUCAUGCCGGUCAUACACAUAUUUGCACUGUACAAUACACCGGAUAAAAGUCCUAAAUUGUACCAGUGUCCUGUCUAUAAGAAACCGAUGCGAACCUACGUAUUAUUAGUGACACCUCUUUGGCUACAAACAACCAAGCCGCCAGACUUUUGGGUCAUGCGAGGAACAGCUUUGCUCUGCGAUAUCAAAUAAUUCAAUGAUUUGGGUAGUUAUGCAUUUAGUUUUCUACUUCUACGAGUUGAACGGAUUUUAAAAAGAAUCCGACCGUCUCUACCUACGUAUUUGUAUUUGAUAUUUUUUGAGCGCAUAACAAUAAACGUUGUUCUAUCGGCUCAA